AUGGCGGAUUGUGAAGUUCAAAAAUUAACUGAUGAGGAUGUUGUUGACUGGAGGGCCAGUCGGAGGAUGAUUCAUGCUACAGCUCAAAAAUUAACCAUGAAAAAUUACAAUGAUUUAAAAAUUGGCCUGGGGCUCCUCAACAUAAGGUCUAUAAUGUCAAAAUAUGAAAUGGUGUGUGAUAUAAUUCGUGGAGAAUUGGAUAUUCUUGUAUUAACUGAAACAUGGCAUGGGUCGUCAGAUGAGUUUGCUGUUCGAUGCGCGAUGCCCCCUGGUUAUAAGUUUGUAGAUUACGUCAGACCUCACGAUCCAUAUCAUGGCGGAAUUAUAAUUUAUUUCAAGAAAGAGUUCAUUUAUAAACCUGUUGAGUUACCCGCCGUGAUAACUUUUGAAGCUGUUGCAUUUAAAUUGAGAGUAAACAAAUCUGAUUUUAUUUUGUUAUCAAUUUAUAAACCUGGAUCGGUUCCUCCUUCACCAUCGUUCUUUUCAGAGCUAGCGAAUGUUUUAGAAGUUUUAUCUCUGUAA